GGCAUAAGUGUGAGCUGAGAGUGUGGGAAACCCAGAAGAACCACAAGCUGGGGUGGCCAGAGUGAGGAAGGAGCCCAGCAGGACGAGCAGGUGGGAGAGUCACAGAAAGUUCGACAGACCUACAGAGGCAUCAGUGGCUGCUCCUCUGCAGCUCAAGCCCCGAGGAGACGUAGAGGACAUCUCUUGUACCUUUUGACUGAGGGACCAUGGCAAAACCCUUGUGGCUCUCCUUGAUCCUUUUCAUCAUUCCAGUGGCCCUGGCAGUUGGUGUGGAUCAGUCCAAGAAUGAAGUGAAGGCACAGAGCUACUUUGGAUCCAUUAAUGUCUCUAAUGCCAAUGUGAAGCAGUGUGUUUGGUUUGCCAUGAAAGAAUACAACAAGGAAAGUGAGGACAAAUAUGUCUUCCUUGUGGACAAGAUACUCCAUGCCAAACUUCAGAUCACAGACCGAAUGGAAUACCACAUUGAUGUUCAGAUCACCCGCAGCAAUUGCAAAAAACCUUUAAACAAUACUGAAAACUGCAUCCCUCAAAAAAACCCAAAACUGGAAAAAAAAAUGAAAUGCAGCUUUCUGGUAGGAGCACUUCCCUGGAAUGGCGAGUUCAACCUGUUGAGCAAAGAAUGUAAAGAUGUCUAAGGGUGUCUUGGAGCACCCCUCCCACUUCUGGGUCUGCUUUUCUCUGUAAUAAAGAGCAACCUGUGGUUCAAGUCUGUCACCAA